AUGAAGUUCAUGGGAAUUUGGCCAGAGGAAAGAAAAAUCAACAAUGCGUACAGUUACAAAGUGUUAUUUCCAAUCGGUUUUAUGGUACUUUUUAUUACCAUACCUCAAACAACUAAUCUUUACUUUAUAUGGGGUGAUUUUGAAUUGAUCGUGGAAAAUUUAUCGGUGGCUAACAUGACUAUUACGAUUGCUGUAGUGAAAACGGCAACAUUUUGGUCAAACGGAAGAUCCAUGAAGGUAUUAUUAACACAUAUGGAAAAUGAUCGAAGAGAAGCAAACAACGAAGAAAAUAUUACGAAAAUGACUAGAAUUGCUGAUAUUAGCAGAACUAUAACAGCUGGAAGUAUAAUAAUGUGUAAUUUUCUCGUUAUAUUGUAUGUGACAUUAAGAAUCGUUUUAUUACCAUACACCGGACGAGCACUUUUUUAUCGUGCAUAUUUUCCAUACGACACACGACCCUUCCCAAAUUUCGAAUUAACCGUAAUCGGUCAAGUUACAGCAGCAUUUUACGCAGCCAAUAGUUAUACAGCUGUGGAUACUUUCAUGACGAUGUUGGUUUUACACGUUUGCGGACAAUUUUCGAGCUUAAGAAAACAAUUGUCCAAUUUGUGUUCAGUAGACAACAAUCAUUUUCGAAUCGAUCUUAUCAAAAUUGUGGAAAAGUAUGAUAUGCUCAACAGGUGA